AUGCGCUUGGGUGUGCAUGGUGCGGAUACUCAGGCGCAGAAGGAUGUUGCCUUAUUUAGCAGAUGGGUGCUAGAUCUUGGGGAAGGGAAGUUGCCUGUCACAAGGCGAGGCAAUGAGGUUGAGGCUUCUUGGAUACAGAUACCGGACGACCUCUUGGUUUGUACGUCUGGUGAUCCAAUAGCUGCUAUUGUUUCUUCUGUCUAUGGUGAUUUUUUGCAUAACUACCUGAACUCUGGUUACUUGCAAGAGAGAGCCAUUUUAGCCCCUACCAAUGACCAUGCUGAGGAUAUUAAUGAUCAUAUUCUUGCAUUGGUUCCUACUGAUAGCAGAGACUAUAUGAGUUAUGAUUCUAUUGAUGAUUCUUCGGAUUCUGUUAGGGACAAAGAUGUUUACUAUCCAAUCGAGUACCUGAAUGCAACUAAAAUUAUAAAUUUCCCAAAUCAUAGGCUGACUCUUAAGGUUGGUAUUCCGAUUAUGCUUCUUAGAAACCUGAGCCAGGCAAAUGGUUUGUGUAAUGGUACACGACUAAUUGUAAAAGAAUUAGGUGAUCGGCUUAUCGAAGCUGUCAUUAUGACUGGCUCGCAUGUGGGUGAUACUGUUUAUAUCCCCAGGAUUGAAUUAUUGGCAAAGAAGGGAAAUGCAUCCUUUGUGCUUAGACGUCGCCAGUUUCCUGUUCGUGUGUGCUAUGCCAUGACAAUUGAUAAGAGCCAGGGACAGACCCUGUCUGCUGUUGGUAUAUAUCUUAAGGGUCCUGUUUUUACUCACGGGCAGCUGUAUGUGGCAGUGUCUCGUGUUACGUCGAGGGCUUCUUUGAAAAUCCUUAUAUUAGAUGCUGAUGGCAAAUGCGGCUCUGAGACCAAGAACAUUGUUUUCCCCGAGGUCUUCCGGGCCGCGGGGAUGACUUAG